UGCCCAGCAGCGUUUCUGAUGCCCAAUUGAUGGACGAAGAAGAGUAGUCUCAAAAACCAGACCAUAGGCAACAGCCGAAGCGUUUAAAAAUUGUGGGAGACUAGAAAAAUAGUAUAUAGAUUACAUGGGCAAGGGAGAAUAGCCUCUGCCUGUGCUUUACUAGGGUAUAGCAUUUUUUAAAAAUAGUAUGUGUUAGUAUUUAUAAUAUUAUACAUAUCUCCAUAUUCUGCGACACCUUGCAUUGAGCAAGGGUUCAUUUCGACAUGAUGCGCCACGUAAGGGCAGAAGAGGACGAUGUUAUUACGGUGUAAUAACGAAGAAGAGCUCACGAAUUGAAUAACACUGCUAGCCAGUGCAUCGCAGCUAGUAACAUUGUAGCGUUCAUCAUACUGCAUCUCUCCUGAAUUUGGAUGUUAUUGUUUAGCGAGAGCUUGCGUUUGCUCGCCUGCACCGGGAACGCGGACAAGGGUCGGGACUUGGUCGGGAGAAUUUCGGUCAAAUGCAGCGACUGAGAGAGCAGCAGCACCGACGAUCGGGGCGCGUGAAGGUGCACAUGGACCUCUGAGAGGAAUCCCGUGGAUCUCGAAACGAACCGGCACAUUUAACGUUUCAUGUUUAGUCUAGGCCUACUCCUCUCACCUGGCACCCAGCGCGCUGUUUUAUUCUCAACGCAGGUAUUUUGUUGAUAGCGUUUUAUAUUUCUCAACUGGGUCUUUAAAUUAGCCAGAAUAGGUUAUGAAGAUGAUGCCAGUUGAUAUCGAAUCACUUCUCUGGGGAAUAUAGGAAAGCAGUCCAACUGAUCCAUUAUCAUUAGCCAAAUUACUUCUCCAGAUUACCGUUUCAUCAGUGUUUAACGAUUAGGAACGGAACGCUUGGAGUUUAGAUAGGACAGUUGGUUAUUACGGAGUAAGGUGGAUAAUUUGACACGUAAUUUGCAAAUAAACAGAGAGCACACGAGAGCAACCCUAUAAUGCUACGUACGACGGAAAUGCGCAUGUCAGUGUAAAAUCUAGAACUGUGACUCGCUCUGUUUUAGUGUUUACUAUGUCAUGUAAACUCACUGCAUGCUGUCGUGGGAGCGAAAGUAGUAGGCUACUUAUUUAGCCGCGAAUUGGAAGUCUUUAGAAUAGAAACACGUCUAUUUUUAAAAUUGUACGUUUUCUGAUUCUAUCUGUGGAAGCCGCUCAACUGUGCCCUCGGAUUCGCCUUAAUCUGGGGCAUGAUCCUCGUGUGAGAAAUCGCUGAAAUAAUCAGCGUCGGGGUGUCAACGAGGCUAGAGCGAGUAGGGGAUUUGGCUAGAUUAUCGCUGGACUGCUAUUUUGUUCCCUUAGUCGAACACUGACUGAACCGCGGCUUCUGAUCCGCCGCCUUUCCCCCUGCCCAAACUGCCACCGCAGAGCGCCUGGAAUGCGAUUUGGGGAACCCUUUCUUCGUUUCUUUUUCAAGGAGUUUGUCUCCGAGGACAACGGUUCUCUUGCAGAGUAAGAACGCAAAUAAUAGAUCAUUUACAAUUGAUAAAGUUAGUCUAUAGCAAUGACUGAAGCGAGUCUAUGGAGCGCUAUUUUACGGUCAAACCUGGCGCAUCAGAGAAUGUGUUUUUUCAUUUAGAACUCAACUAAAUUCACUGUUGGCUAUAGUGUCGGGCAAUGGAUACACCACGGAUGGACUAGGGGACCACACCUCGAUCUCAUCAAAGGAGUACCGGUUAGGUUAGACACGAUUACUUCAGUAACCUACUACUCCAGAACCGCGGACGGUUAGUUCGGGUUAACGAGCAUCAGGCAUUCUCCCCAUUCUGCAGCCGGUAAACGGAUGAUGUUUGAGCGAGGAUGCUGCGCUUCCCCGUGAAGAAAAUCCGGAAGCAGUUCAAACUCCUUCUGCUGCUUGUGCUGCUCACCUUUGCCGUGUGGUUCACCUACCUACACAUCAACCAGGGCAAAGCUAUCAAACUCCACUUCAACUACGGCAAAGAUGGGGAGAGGCAGUUGGAGGGGACAGAUGCCAGCCGCAAGAGGGACACUCGCUCCUCAGCCGGCCACCGCAAGACAGAGGACACCAGUGACAGUCACGAGGACGAUGCUCGGGAGGAUGAGUCCAAUGCUGUUGGAGCUGACCCCAGAGACCAUGCCCACAUCAGGAAGUUUCUCAGCCAGCGCCACAAGAAGUUGCCAUGGAAACCUGAGUUCAAAGGGCAGGCCAACCUCCAUGUGUUUGAGGACUGGUGUGGCUCGUCUGUAGCCCAGCUCCGAAAGAACCUACACUUCCCUCUAUAUCCCCAUACGAGAACUACGGUGAAGAAGCUGGCUGUGGCUCCAAAAUGGAAGAACUACGGCCUCCGAAUAUUUGGUUUCAUCCAUCCAUACAGAGAUGGUGAUUUCCAGUUUUCGGUGUCGUCAGAUGAUAACUCUGAGUUCUGGGUGAGUCUUGACGAGAGCCCUCUCAAUGCCAGACUGCUGGUCUACGUUGGACAGCUGGGGACUGAGUGGACUGCUCCAGGGGAGUUCAGCAAGUUCAGGUCCCAGUCCUCAAAGUCUGUGCACCUUAUCUCAUCCAGACGGUACUACUUUGAGAUCCUUCACAAGCAGGAUGACAAGGGGUCAGACCACGUGGAGGUUGGGUGGCGUCCAUUCCUGCCAGGUCUGAAGUAUGAGGUCAUCGAUUCUGCCUACAUUUCCCUCUACACAGAUGAAUCCAGUCUGAAGAUGAACAGUGUGGACCACAUCCCUCAGACCCUGGCCAGUCACAGUAGACCAUCAUCAGUAGAGGAACAGUCACAAGAACACAGUCACUUCAGCAGCCAGCACGGAGCGGACAUGCUCAAACCAGACCCCCGAGACACUUUCUAUAGCACCCCUAUGAUCCAGGCAUCUCGUCUGGAGAACGUGCUGCCAGCCUGUCUCUACUCCCCUACCUACGUCGUCAAAGACUUCCCCAUAGCCAGAUACCAGGGCCUACAGUUUGUGUACCUGUCCUUCAUUUAUCCCAAUGACUUUACACGUCUGACUCACAUGGAGAGAGAGAACAAGUGUUUCUACAGGGAGUCACCCAUAUACUUGGAGAAGUUUGGCUUCUACAAGUACAUGAAGAUAGACGAGGAGGACGAUGAUAGACCCUUCUUCUUCCCUAACCCAGAUGAUUUCCCGGAAGAGGAGGAAGGGGUGGACCCGGAAGAUGAGGCCGAGAUCGUAGGUACCCAAUCACCAAAUAGGACCGCUCCGCCUAGCCUAUCAACUAAGAGGACCUCUCACCCCAGCCUAUCCAUCCACACCUCCAGACCCACCCUUGGAGAAAGAGAAGGGGAGGAGGAGAACAGCAUUGUGGUCCAUAGAGAGAAAAAACACUUCCUCAAGAGCGAUGGACAGACAGACAGAGAGUGGGACAAGGACGGGCCGAGGAGAAGAGGGGGGCAGACCUCCAGGAGGGGACUUCUAGAGAGGCCCGAGGCGGAGAGCGAGGAGCUGCGCCCGCAGUCGGACAACGUGGUCCACGGUCGCUCCCUCUCCUGGAUCAGGACGGGUCCCUCUGAGCUAGGACCAGGGGGGCCGGGCAGGAAGGGAGGAGGAGGAGGGGGUGCAGGAGAGGAGACCCCUCCCAAACUGAGCAAGUCGUCCCUGCUCUUCCCUCAGAAGACCUCUCUCUCGGCCCUCGCCAGCCGCGCCAAGCAGAUCCUUAGUAACUCCUCCCCAGGCAACAACGCCGCCAACGCCCAUCUCCAUAAUAACGCCGCCCGUAACCAUGGUAAUGACAAAAACGCCGCCACCGGCAACAACAACAAUAGGGAAAAGAAGGAUGAGAACAAGAUCUACAUCACCAGGCCGCGGCCGGUCAAAGAAAGGGAGCGAGAGAAGGAGGAGAGGAGGGCGGAGAGGGAGAGGGUAAGGGGUCCGGGAUCACGUCACCCGAGAGAAGUCUUUCCUGGGGUGUUUCUGUACCAGAGUGGAAAGACCACCAGACUGGUCAACCUCCAGAGCACUCGAUCCAGGGGGGGAGGGGGAGUGGGGAGCAGGGGGCUCGUCACUGCCCCCCAACUCUGGCCCAAACCCCCUCUAAGAGACGGCAAAGUUCCCCCACGUGGCACUAAUGCUAGUGUUAGCAGACAAGGCACAGUUCACCAGGCAGCCAGCAGGGUGGCGGUAGUGAGGCUCCGAGACAGAGAGAGGAGGAGAGUUAGAGGAGGGGGAAGGGAGCACCACACACCCCCAGAAAGAGAGGCUACUGCAGACGCCACCUUACCCAGUAAAAGAGGCACCCAAUUGCCCCAGCACCUCCAGCCCCCGCCACCUCAUUCACCCACUCCCCCCAACUCUUUGGAGAAUGCCCAAACUAUCGAGAGCAGGGUUGAAAGCAGGCUAGAAACCAGGGUCACCUCGUACCUCAAAACCUCUGAGAUCACUGAGUCACAGCAAAAACAACCCGACCCAGACCAAGAACCCUCAGAACCCGACCCAGACCCUGACCCAAUCCGCUCGAACGCUGACCCAGAACCCGACCCAGAACCAGAACCAGAGGAGGGUGGGGUGUCCGACUACAGUUACGAGGCUGAAGAGGCGCGUCCAGGCUGGGCUGAGGAGAGCAUCAACUGGCAGAGAACGUUUUCAGUCAACCCCAUGGACUUUGAGCUGCUGCGCUCCGACUGGAAUGACCUGCGCUGCAACGUGUCUGGGAACCUGCAGCUGGCCGAAAGUGAGGUGGUGGAUGUGCUGGCACAGUACAUGGAGAAGCUCAACGAGCGCAACGGAGGUAUCUACACCCUUUUGCGGAUCAUCAAUGUGGAGAAGAGGCGAGACUCGGCCCGGGGAAACCGCUACCUUGUGGAACUGGAGCUGAUGGAGCGCGGUCGGAACGUGGUGCGCCUCUCGGAAUACAUCUACCUUCUCCUCCACCGUGGCCGGCUGGGCGGAGACAGCCUGGAGAACACGGAGUUCAUCCCCGCCUCGGCCCCUGCUGGGUCCCCACCUGGUGUCAUCCUCAGCACCCCCGCACCCCCAACCUCCACACACCCCCCUGCCCAGCCUGGGGCCACCCCGUGGGGCACGGCCUACGCCAACCCCCUGCUGUGCCAGCCGGUCAUGCUGCAGUGGCGGAAGGAUGUGAUGGUGCAUUUUGUGGUGCCAGUGAAGAACCAGGCUCGCUGGGUGCAGCAGUUCAUCACAGACAUGGAGGAGCUGCACCGUCAGACUAAGGACGACAACUUCAGCAUCAUCCUUGUCGACUUCGAGAGCACCGACAUGGACGUGGAGCAGGCCCUCCGAGAGAGCACUGUGCCUAGGUAUGAGUACUUGAGAAGAGAAGGGAACUUUGAGCGCUCAGCGGGACUACAGAUCGGAGUGGACACUAUCGAGGACAACCACAGUAUAGCGUUCCUGUGUGACCUUCACAUCCACUUCCCCCUCAACAUCCUGGAGAGCAUCAGGAAGCACUGUGUAGAGGGACGUCUGGCCUUUGCCCCUAUUGUCAUGAGACUGGGCUGUGGCAGCUCCCCGCUAGAGCCUGAUGGCUACUGGGAGGUGAAUGGCUUUGGCCUGUUUGGGAUUUACAAGUCGGACUUUGAUAAGAUCGGCGGGAUGAACACGGAGGAGUUUAAAGACCGCUGGGGAGGAGAGGACUGGGAACUACUGGACAGGGUACUACAGAACGGUCUGGAGGUGGAGAGACUGAGACUGAGGAACUUCUUCCACUACUACCACUCCAAAAGGGGCAUGUGGAAUGCUCAGAACAAGAAAACCCCCAAGGGAGGGGGAUAGCUAACGGCCCCCCUCAUGGGCCUGGAGGACCCAAAACACAUGGCCUAUACCUGCAGCUCCACUGUGUGUGAGGAGAGACCCUGAAUAAGCUUACUUACUGCCUGACUUUGCCUUUUUUAGAUAGGCACUUUUCAGGGAUGCCCCUCCCUGCUUCUCUAAGGAUCUGUCUGAGGAACAACUUUUCCCUGAGGAUGUUUUUUCCGUCAAUGGAGGACAUUGAGGGGGAAAACGGAGGGAAUCUGUUUUUUUAUGUUGGUGUUGAGUCUACCCGGAUAGACUUGACCUUUCGCCUCACUAACAGAACUCAAUGUAGAGAGGAUGUGUUUUUCUUUUUUGGUACAAUGUUACCUGACAGACUGAGAAAUGUGGUUUAUUUGUAUUUUGUUUGUUUUGUUCAGAGGAAGUGUAUUUUUUUCUAGCGAGACAUUUGUAAAGACAACCUAAGAUUUUCUACAAAAACAUCCAUGUGAGGAGAUGUCUGAGGAACAUUAGAAGGACUUUGUGUUGAUGACAGUAUGUUUCUUUGUUUGUGUUCAGGUACGUGCGAACAGUAGUCGUUCCGGAAACGCGUUCAGUCACUCGGGUGUCAAAUUUCAGAUAUUAGUAUUGCAACGAAAUGUCUGGGUGUUGAAAGUAGCAGUGUGUAGUGGGUCUACCUGAUGUGCUUCUUCAUAUAAACCUAACCAGGGUGCUUCAUAUGUACUAUAGAGGCCUAUGAUGCAGUAUGUGCAGCUUUCUCAAAAUUCCUGCUUAUUUACUCCUGAUUACGGAUAUCUUUUAACAGGGAUAUCUUCCAACCUGGGAAUUUUGGGAAAGUUAACCCUAAAUUGUUGCAUAUUAAAUAUAAGCUCGGUUAUGUGUACAGUUCUAUGGGAGGAGGACACUGGACCAUAUGGAGUGGGGGAUCCACGGUGAGGCAUCAGAUUUAUCAAAGUGCUUUGCAAUACGUACUUCAUUUCAGAGUCUAUCCUGCUUUCUUUUGGUCUGUCUUUUUCUCUCUUGUUUAUUUUUAUUUUCUUAUCUAUUGCUCUCUCUUUCUCUACAAUCUCUCUCUCUCUUUCGCUUUCUCUCUCUGUUUCUCUCUCUUUCUGACGUUGAGAUGGAUUCCUUGUAUCUUUCCUAACAUUGUGCAUAGCCUCGCUGCUGUUUUGUUGGAAGACUUUUAGGGGAGAGUGCAGUAAGUUGAGUCAAAGGGGUAAGUUGAGCCACCCUUGUUUCUAGGAAACCAUACACAAAACUAAUAAUUGGACCUAACAUUUAGGAAGAGGUCAUCACUUCAUGGAGUCUAUGAAGGAAGAAACCACAUCGAAAAAGUGGUAAGCAAUUAGGCCCAAAAAAAUUAUGUUUUCACCAAGUCAAAUGAAUUCAUUGUGUUAGAGGUUUCAUGAUGCUUGUAUUUAAACCAAGGUAGAUCAUUUUAAGAUUGUUCUAUAAAUCAUUUGGGGUCUAUAUAAGCUUCAAUAUGAGGUCCUAAACCUAGCAUGAAAGUGUAUCAUUGUAGCUGUGUGGGCUAAUAUAGUCAAAAUGUUUGCUUUGGGGUAAGUUCAGCCAUUGUCAAAUUGAACUGUUUUCUUCCCAGCCAUAAUUCAAGGCAUUAUCACUGGUAUAUGAGGUAACAACAGGGCCUGGCCUAUGUUAAACGUGUAAAAAAAAAGUACAAAGUGUCUGUUAGGUGUUAAGCCUGUAAUAAAAGAUGCUUAAAAUGAUUUAAAGGCAAAAAAGUGAUUGUGUUGAAUUGUGUUUGGGAAAUAAAGGUAGACAUGGUUUUAAAAAGGUAGUGGUAAUAUUUCAUUAAUUGCAGAAAUGUGUAGGCGGCUUAACUCACACUGUCCUGCGGCUCAACUUGCCCCAUACCUGGGGUAAGUUGUGCCUAGAGACCACUUUUUUUGGACAAACUAUGUUUUCAUAACUGUAAUGUUUGCAUGAAUUCUGAUUAUUUACAGGAUUACACAACAUCCUGAAAUGUAUGUAGAUAUCUUUGUUAGAAAGAAUACUAUAUUUUCCUUCACGGAGUGAUGCAGAAUGUAAAAAAAGGCUCAACUUACCCCACUCUCCCCUUACUAUUUACAGAUGAUAUUGUGCUGUGUUCAUGGUCAGGCUAGCCAACACUAAUGAAUUACUUGAUUUAUUACUUGAUGCAUUUUAUUAAAAUAUUCCAGGUUGAUCUACUAUCCCCUACAGAGGUAUUUCAGAAAACAGAUGCCUACCUAUCUCAGGUCAUAGUGAUGAGUGGGUUGAAUAAAGGCACUAAUAUUGGG